AUGGCAGCAGCCCGAUCUGCUGCGGCUGCGCCCUAUCCGGCACCUGCUUCACAUCCACCCGCUGGCCAGCCAAAGAGAAAUUUUUUGCCUCGCGUCGCAGGACUCAGCCGCCGAGGUCAGACGCCACUGGCUCGGCCAGUACCCAACAAGAAGGCAUUACCUCAUCCUCAAGAAUCGCCGGGUGCGGCGGUGCUGGGCAGCGCCAAUCCCAGCACCAGUAGCAAUGGGGAGACCGGCGAACUGGUCGCUCAGAUCGGUCAGGCACAUGGCCAGCGCAGGGGGAACCUACUGCCUUGCAAUUCCCAUCCUCCGACCAUGGCAGCAGCCCGAUCUGCUGAGGCUGCGCCCUAUCCGGCACCUGCUUCACAUCCACCCGCUGGCCAGCCAAAGAGAAAUUUUUUGCCUCGCGUCGCAGGACUCAGCCGCCGAGGUCAGACGCCACUGGCUCGGCCAGUACCCAACAAGAAGGCAUUACCUCAUCCUCAAGAAUCGCCGGGUGCGGCGGUGCUGGGCAGCGCCAAUCCCAGCACCAGUAGCAAUGGGGAGACCGGCGAACUGGUCGCUCAGAUCGGUCAGGCACAUGGCCAGCGCAGGGGGAACCUACUGCCCUUGCAAUUCCCAUCCUCCGACCAUGGCAGCAGCCCGAUCUGCUGCGGCUGCGCCCUAUCCGGCACCUGCUUCACAUCCACCCCUGGCCAGCCAAAGAGAAAUUUUUGCCCGUCGCAGGACUCAGCCGCCGAGGUCAGACGCCACUGGCUCGGCCAGUACCCAACAAGAAGGCAUUACCUCAUCCUCAAGAAUCGCCGGGUGCGGCGGUGCUGGGCAGCGCCAAUCCCAGCACCAGUAACCAAUGGGGAGACCGGCGAACUGGUCGCUCAGAUCGGUCAGGCACAUGGCCAGCGCAGGGGGACCUACUGCCUUGCAAUUCCCAUCCUCCGACCAUGGCAGCAGCCCGAUCUGCUGCGGCUGCGCCCCUAUCCGGCACCUGCUUCACAUCCACCCGCUGGCCAGCCAAAGAGAAAUUUUUUGCCUCGCGUCGCAGGACUCAGCCGCCGAGGUCAGACGCCACUGGCUCGGCCAGUACCCAACAAGAAGGCAUUACCUCAUCCUCAAGAAUCGCCGGGUGCGGCGGUGCUGGGCAGCGCCAAUCCCAGCACCAGUAGCAAUGGGGAGACCGGCGAACUGGUCGCUCAGAUCGCCUACUGCCUUCGCAAUUCCCAUCCUCCGACCAUGGCAGCAGCCCGAUCUGCUGCGGCUGCGCCCUAUCCGGCACCUGCUUCACAUCCACCCGCUGGCCAGCCAAAGAGAAAUUUUUUGCCUCGCGUCGCAGGACUCAGCCGCCGAGGUCAGACGCCACUGGCUCGGCCAGUACCCAACAAGAAGGCAUUACCUCAUCCUCAAGAAUCGCCGGGUGCGGCGGUGCUGGGCAGCGCCAAUCCCAGCACCAGUAGCAAUGGGGAGACCGGCGAACUGGUCGCUCAGAUCGGUCAGGCACAUGGCCAGCGCAGGGGGGAACAGCCCGAUCUGCUGCGGCUGCGCCCUUAUCCGGCACCUGCUUCACAUCCACCCGCUGGCCAGCCAAAGAGAAAAUUUUUGCCUCACGUCGCAGGACUCAGCCGCCGAGGUCAGACGCCACUGGCUCGGCCAGUACCCAACAAGAAGGCAUUACCUCAUCCUCAAGAAUCGCCGGGUGCGGCGGUGCUGGGCAGCGCCAAUCCCAGCACCAGUAGCAAUGGGGAGACCGGCGAACUGGUCGCUCAGAUCGGUCAGGCACAUGGCCAGCGCAGGGGGGAAUGCUUGAAAUUGAGCUUGCUUAACAAUGCAUUUUGA